UGCUUCUUCUUGACUCACCUAUCCUUCGUGUGCUGGCCGGGUCGUUCAAGAUGAUGCCUCUCAGACCAUCAAAAACCGCUCUGCGGUCCAUCCAUAUCCAGAGGCAGCUUGUCUCUGGACGCCGGCCCUUUUCGACUUCGUUCGUGGCUUCGGCUGCCUCGCCCCACCGCUCUUCUCCCCAGAAGCGUGCUCAGAGCACCGCAACAGCGACCGUAGAAUCUCGUCCUGUCCCCAGCCCAGCCUUCAACCAGGAACCUCAUCGCAAUGAGGUCUCGCCUCUUCAAAACCGCCAGGCCGGCGAGCUCGAUGACUCUAUGGUCGGAAUGAGCGGUGGUGAAAUCUUCCACGAGAUGAUGCUGCGUCACGACGUGAAGCACGUUUUCGGUUACCCUGGUGGUGCCAUUCUCCCCGUAUUCGAUGCUAUAUAUAACUCAAAACACUUCGACUUCAUCCUUCCUAAGCAUGAGCAGGGUGCCGGACACAUGGCCGAAGGUUAUGCCCGUGCCUCCGGCAAGCCCGGUGUUGUUUUGGUCACCUCUGGCCCUGGUGCCACUAAUGUCAUUACUCCUAUGCAGGAUGCUAUGUCAGAUGGUAUUCCCAUGGUUGUGUUCACCGGUCAGGUCGUCACUAGCGCUAUUGGAACCGAUGCCUUCCAGGAGGCUGAUGUUGUCGGUAUCUCACGUGCUUGCACCAAGUGGAACGUCAUGGUCAAGUCUGUGGGUGAGCUUCCUCGCCGCAUUCAAGAGGCCUUCGAGAUUGCCACUAGCGGCCGCCCUGGACCUGUUCUCGUCGAUUUGCCCAAGGAUGUCACCGCUGGCAUUCUCCGCAACCCUAUCCCCAUGCAGAGCACCAUCCCCUCCCUCCCAAGUGCCGCAACCAUGGCUGCUCGUGAAAUGAGCAAGCGCUCUCUCGAUGCCACCAUUAGCCGCGUCGCUAAGCUUGUCGACAAGGCUGAGAAGCCUAUUCUAUACGUCGGUCAAGGUCUUCUUGCUCGUCCCGAUGGGCCUCAGAUCCUGAAGGAGUUCGCCGAGAAGUGCUCCAUCCCCGUUACCACCACCCUCCAGGGUCUUGGUGGAUUCGACGAGUUAGAUCCUAAGGCUCUGCACAUGCUGGGUAUGCACGGUACUGCAUACGCCAACAUGGCCAUGCAGGAGGCCGAUCUUAUCAUCGCUGUUGGUGCCCGUUUCGACGACCGUGUCACCCUGAGUAUCCCUAAGUUUGCCCCGCAAGCGAAGGCCGCCGCCGCCGAGGGCCGUGGUGGUAUUGUUCACUUCGAAAUCAUGCCCAAGAACAUUAACAAGGUCGUUCAGGCUACCGAGGCUGUCGAGGGUGACUGCGCUGAUAACCUCCGUCUCCUCGUUCCCCAUGUCAAGGCCGUCUCAGAGCGCCCCGAGUGGUUCGAGCAGAUUAAUGACUGGAAGGCACGUUUCCCUCUGUCGCUUUACGAGCGCCAGGAAGCCGAUGGUCCCAUCAAGCCUCAGUCCGUCAUUGAGAAGCUCAGCAACCUCACUGCGGACAUUAAGGAGAAGACCAUUAUCACCACCGGUGUCGGUCAGCACCAGAUGUGGGCUGCUCAGCACUUCCGUUGGCGUUUCCCCCGUACCAUGAUCACCUCUGGUGGUCUUGGUACUAUGGGUUUCGGUCUGCCCGCCGCUAUCGGUGCUAAGGUCGCUCGCCCUGACUGCCUUGUCAUCGAUAUUGACGGUGACGCUUCCUUCAACAUGACCCUAACAGAGCUUUCCACUGCUGCUCAAUUCGGUAUUAACGUCAAGGUCCUCCUGUUGAACAACGAAGAGCAGGGCAUGGUUACCCAAUGGCAAAAUCUCUUCUACGAAGACCGUUACUCUCACACUCACCAGCAGAACCCCAACUUCGUUCCUCUCGCCCACGCUAUGCGUGUUGCCGCCGAGCGCGUUUCCGACCCCGCUGAGGUUGAAGCCAAGCUGAAGUGGCUGAUUGAGCACGAUGGCCCCGCCCUUCUGGAGGUCAUCACUGACCGCAAGGUUCCUGUCCUUCCUAUGGUUCCCUCCGGCAGUGGUCUGCACGAGUUCCUCGUUUUCGACGAGGCCAAGGAGAAGGAGCGUAAGGAUCUGAUGCGCCAACGCAAGGUCGACUUCCAUGUCCGCAAAUAA